UUCAUUCCACAAUGUGAAUCGGUGGACAACGCGAGUCUACGGCGAACUCGGGCUUUCAGUGCGCAAAAUUAUCUUUGUGCUACCUACUGCGCGUAUUACUAUAUACGUAUACCCUCAAAUAUUGGAAAUUUUAUAAAACCACGAAUUAUGUACCGAAAGAGAAACAAGAAAGUUCCGGGGAAAGCGGGGCCGAGCACCACCGGGAAAACUGUGGCAAGUCCAGCUUCGGAGGAUACUGGAAAACAUCAAACACCACCCACGCUCCUGUCAAGUUUGAGAAGUGUUCUUUUCGUAAUCGGCACGGUCGUCAUUGGAUUCGCUGCUGUCUGCAAUUCCCUGACAUGGCAUCUUCAGAGAUUUUGGGGAGCAUCAGGUGAUUUUUGGCAAGCGCAGUGGGAUAAAAUUCUCGACACCUUUGGGGACGAUCCUGUAAAUCUCUGGGUUUACGGAUCCAUGGGACUGACGCUGGUGGUGUACUGGACCUUCGGCGGUAUCUACACAAUACUAGACAUCACAAAUCGGCCAGCCGCCCUGCGCCGAUAUAAGAUCCAACCCGGUACCAACGAACCAGUGGACACUCGUGACCUUUUCAAAGUCAUCGGCCAAGUACUCUUCAAUCAGAUAGUUGUGGGCCUGCCGUUCGCGUAUUGCAGCUAUCGUUUCAUGAAAUGGCGUGGUUAUCCUUCCGUGCGGGAAUUGCCAACCUUCCACUGGGUACUUGCCGAAAUCGCCAUUCAUAUUUUGUGCGAGGAAAUUGGAUUUUAUUAUUCACACAGACUACUGCACAGUCGCUAUCUCUACAAGCACAUUCACAAGCAGCAUCACCAAUGGACAGCCCCAAUCGCCGUCACCGCCCUCUACUGCCAUCCUCUCGAGCACAUUGGCUCAAAUCUCAUUCCACCGUUCCUUGGUGUUUUCAUCGUGGGUUCGCACGUCGCUACUGCCUGGCUUUGGUUCUCCUUGGCCAUCCUGUCAACCCUGAACGCUCAUUCUGGAUACCAUUUGCCGUUCUUCCCUUCUCCGGAAGCCCAUGACUUCCACCACCUAAAAUUCAACCAGUGCUUCGGUGUUUUGGGCGUUCUGGACCGACUUCAUGGAACAGAUACGCAAUUUCGCAAUUCGCGAGCGUACGUUCGACACGUCAUGAUGCUGAGUCUCGUUCCACCACGAGAAGCCUUUCCGGACGAAACAAAAUAUAAAUCCAAAUAGAGAAACUCCAGGAAAGGAGACCAGAGCGAAAAGGUUUACUUUUCGCCCCUUUGGUGCCCUCGACUCCUCGGGAAUUCCGGAUAAUUCGAAAUGCAUUUUAUUGAAAUUUCCAACAACAAAAAAUUAGAAUGCAGCAGGUCCCUAACCAAAUGGAAUGACUCUCUUCCUUUCCGGGGAUCGAUCAUCAGGAACCAACCUCAAGCACAAUCUCGGCCAGUGAACGGAGAAUCUGGCCGUUUCUACGUUAUAUACGUUCUACGUUGCAUUACGUAUAAAGAGACACCUUACGUUUUAUGUAUAAAAUCACGAAGCACGUGUGAAUGGACAAAAGCGCAAAAGAUUCUAAUUUAUGUUUACAUUGGACUUGAGAAAGGGUCUCAUAUCGCCUAUUUCACUGAUCUCACGGGUUUCACGCACCUCGCAAACUGCACAACGAGUCUGCUGUCAUGUAACUCAACUAUUCUUUUAUUCCAUAAGUAUGAAUACCUUUGAUUCUCCGCAUUCCGAAAGUGCAUGUAAAAAAUCCGAUAUGGUAUCGUUGUGACAAUUCGAGUUAUUCCAAGAUAUCUACACAGAAUCCUAAUUCCUCCAAAAAUUCUUCUAUACGUUGCUUCCACGCGAGAUAGUGGAAGGUGAUGGGGACAUACGUCUGUGGUUAAUGGGAUUACGUUAAAUACGACUGCGAUUGCAAUAUUGACGCGAAGAUAACGCAUAUAUUUACUAUUUUUAUAUUUAUAUUUUUGUUGGUCUUUUUUCUAGCGGUCCUCAUGACUUAGAUUGUAGAAUUCAAAUUAAAAAUUCGUGGUUCUGGCGCCUCGACAGCCGAGGAUGGCGAUGUAGGACAUCGUUUAUCGCUUGAAAUUUUCAAAUUCGAACGCGAGAUACCCUUUAAUACAUUAACAUAAAUAACUCGCUCGUCUGCGAACUCAAUUCGAACCAUAACACCUCCCAAUGGCCUGGUUUACACCGAGCAGUUGAUACGCAUAGCAAAGCACUGUAUUCCUAUGAAAUAGCUGCAUACACAAUUUUUUUCAACUAUUUUAUAUGAAUAUGGUACUUUAUUACGCAAAUCAGGUUGUACAGUAUAAACUCUCUUUAUUUUUUUUGUGGAACAGUUUAGGGAAGUCCCUCGCAGCUCCGUGGGACGAGUCGUAGGACUAAAAUAUUAGACUUCUCAUUGACCGAAUCUUAAGCGAGAAACGAUUUUAACUAUUGAGAGCUUCGUUUUCUGACCAGUACGGUAAUGCUGUGAAGGCUCCCAAAAUCGACGGGUAUGAAAAUUGUGAUUAACGGAUAUACCGCAUGUGUCAAUGCGUUUGUGUACCUAUAUGAAAAGCUUAUAUUAAUAAAAUCUUUUAAAUUGAUA